UCCCAGUACGCGCUCUGGACUGCCCCCUCAAAACUCACUCUGCCUGCAACUUUGAACGCUUCUGAGGCUUCAGGAUUCAUAUCAGAGCAAAGAUGUUUGCAUCAGCUGUGACCGUGCUCUGCUUCCUUGGUUUCUGUUCACUACAUCCCAGUUUUGGACAGGACUGUACCAAUCGGCAGGACAUACAAGGCUCCCUGAAGCAGGUCCAGAAGCUUCUGUCAGCCCACGAAGCCUCUUAUUUACAGAGUCUACGGAACCUGAAGAAGAAAAUUAACUUACUGCAGAGCAGCACAGGAAAACAGGCCUCAAAGCCCACCAACAGUACCUGUCCGAAACUGGACACCCUUACCAAUGGGAGGAAACUUGGAAAGUCACACAGCGUCGGCCAUGAGGUUCACUUCCUGUGUGAACCAGGCUACGAACUUGUGGGCUCAGAAAGCAGAGUUUGUCAGGAAAGCCUGACGUGGAGCGGCCAGCAGCCGAGCUGCCGAGACAUCAAUGAAUGUGCGUCCUCGCCGUGCCUGAACGGCGGGACAUGUGUGGAUGAGGUGAACCAGUUUUCCUGCAUCUGUGCCAAAGGCUGGGCCGGAGUUACCUGUCAAAGCCCUCUGCCAACAUUCUUUGUCACCAUGACAAACACCUCUGCCGCCACCUCCCCAGACGCCGCCGCCGCGACCACCUUACCAGCUGCCACCGCCGGGCCCUUUGUUCGUCCAUCACGCUGCAGCACCGUGCAGGGGACCACCCACUGCACCUGUGAGCCGGGGUACACCAUCUCCGGCAGAGACAGCAGCAUCUGCACCGACAUAGAUGAAUGUGAGCUCUUCCACGACGGACAGGCCGGGAGGCUGUGUUUACAUACUUGUGUGAACACUGCUGGAGGCUAUCGCUGCACCUGUCCUGCUGGAUACAAUGUAACCCGCGAUGGACGCAGUUGUAAAGAUAUCGAUGAGUGUGCAACCAGACAAAACAACUGCACAAGGGACCAGACGUGCAUCAACACAUAUGGAGGAUUCCAGUGCGUCCGUGUGGACUGCCCCAAAAUCCCCAACGCCACAUAUGUCAAGACGUCACCUAUGCGCUGUGAGCGAAACCCCUGCCCUGUGGACAACAAGGCCUGUUCUCAGACCCCAAACUCCUUCUCCUACCAUUACCUGGCCGUGGUGUCCAACCUGUCAGCCCCCCGCGUCAUGUUCAGGGUCUCGGCGCUGCGUCCGAUAGGCGACACGCUCCGCUUCUCCAUGCUCGGGGGGAAACAGGCUCGCCGCCACUUCACGGUGCAGCGCUCGGACCGUCUGACCGGCCAGCUGAUGCUGGUGAGCCCCGUGCAGGGUCCCGCCACGCUGGAGGCCGAGGUGGAGAUGAGCGAGCUGGAGAGACGAGUCCAGCUGGGGAGGUACAUCACCAAAGUCACCAUGUUCGUCUCCCAGUAUGAGUUCUAACAGAAACAUUGCAGAAACGUAUUGAAUGAUUUAUAUUUUGCUGGACCAGACGCAGUAUUAGACCGUCCAACCUGCAUUAAAGCCUUAUUUUUUUAAAGUGCUGUCUUCACAUUUAUGAUAUGUAUACUGGGCAUGUAAUGAUAUAUUGUAAUGUCUGUUCAGGAGUAAAACUGCAAUAUAAUUUCAUUCAGUACAACAUUAAACGUCAUGUGAACCAUUUAAA